UGUUAGCAAAACAGUAGGUGGGGUCUCAGGGGAAGGUGGAUAUGAUUUACACGGACAUUGAAUCUCAUCAACAGUCAUCAAAAGAGAUUUAAAGAAACGAAUUGUAUAUGUGACAGUGAAGCUACAUCUACAACAACGACGUGCAUUUUGAGAUUCCUUUUCCUCAGUUCUUUUUCCGGUUUAAUUUCAAAGUCGGGAUUGCAGGACUAAAACAACCCACCGCGGUCCUGUAAACGCAGCACCAGGAUGGACGCGGCUCCAGGAUAACGUGAUUCAUGGCUUUUGCUGUUUAUCUGUCACUUUUGCUGGGUUUAUCGUGUCACCAGCAGGUUACAUCGGGCUCCCGGGCCCUCAGAAACCACUCUCGUGUGGGAUUAGCCGCUUGGUCUUCAAACAACACACUAGCUAAGAUGUUUCACAACAACGACGAGUGUGACCUUGUGAUGAAUGUCAGCGCUGCAGACCGCUGUGCAUUUGUGAAGAACACACCAGACUGUAGCAUGGAAGAUGGCUUCAUCAACUACCUGCGUGUGGCUUUCUGUCUGCUUCCUCCCAACCUCACACCUCUCACCAUCACUCUUUGUAUACUAUGGCUGUUAUUUUUGUUUGUCAUCCUUGGACUAACAGCAUCUAAAUUUUUUUGCCCCAACCUGUCAGCCAUCUCUACCAGUCUGCACCUCACUCACAACGUGGCUGGUGUAACAUUUCUGGCUCUUGGUAAUGGAGCUCCAGACAUCUUCAGUGCCAUUGCAGCCUUCUCCCAUCCACACACUGCUGGGCUGGCGGUCGGAGCCUUAUUCGGCGCUGGUAUUUUUGUUACCACAGUAGUUGCAGGAAGUGUGGCGCUGGUCAAACCCUUCACUGUGGCCUCCCGGCCCUUUCUGCGUGACGUCAUCUUUUACAUGGUGGCAGUGUUUUGGACUUUUGUCAUGCUGUACAGAAGAACCACAACACUGGGCGAAAUACUGGCAUAUCUGGCCCUCUAUGUGGUGUAUGUGCUGACUGUCAUCAUCAGUGCGUACAUCUACAACCGGCAGAAACACUCCAUGAACACAAGUGUCCAGAACGUUGCACAGGUCCCAGCAGAUCUUUACUCGUCCGACUCGUCUGAUGACGAGGUUCCCUGCCUGACUGGGAGGGGCUACCAGCAUGAGUAUGAGUCAGAGUACAGGCCACUUCUGCCUUACUCUGAGUCCACCGGUCACAUCCUGCUGAGCUCCCUGAACCCGGUGGACAACAGAAAGUGGAGGAGGAAACCAUGGAGCUGGAGACUCCUCAAAGUACUGAAGACACCUAUAGAGGUUCUGCUGCUGAUCUGCAUCCCUGUAGUGGACCCUGAUAAAGAAGACAAGAACUGGAGACGCCCACUAAACUGCCUCCAUCUGGUCACAGCUCCUCUAGCGUGUGUGCUCACCUUUCAGUCUGGAUCAUUUGGAGAUUAUAAGAUCCAGGGGCAGUUUCCUCUCUGGCUGCUGAUUCUUCUGCUGGGACUUCUCCUCUCCGCUAUUGUCUUCUGCACCACCACUAAUGACCGUCCGCCCAAAUAUCAUCCACUCUUUGCUGUUUUGGGCUUCAUUGUGAGUGCGGUGCUGAUCAGCACAGCAGCCUCUGAAGUGGUCAGUCUUCUGCACAUGCUCGGUGUGGUGCUGAGCCUCAGCAACACGGUGCUGGGGCUGACUCUGCUGGCUUGGGGCAACAGUAUAGGAGAUUGCUUCUCUGACAUCACCAUUGCCCGACAGGGUUACCCACGAAUGGCAAUAUCAGCCUGCUUUGGAGGCAUCAUUUUCAACAUGCUGUUUGGAGUUGGUUUAGGAUGCCUGGUACAGAUGCUUAAAACACAGUCUGAUGUGGAGUUUGAACUACAUGGCCUGUUGCAGUGGGUUCUUGCAGCAUCUCUGGGUUUGUCUUUGGUCCUGUCCUUCGUCACUGUUCCACUAUGCCGGUUCCACUUAGGUCGGAUCUACGGUAUCUUUCUCCUCAUCUUCUAUGCCACCUUCCUUCUCAUUGCGCUGCUCACAGAGUUUGGCAAGAUCCACAUGGUAUAGAUGUGACACUACGGCCAGUCUGAAAUGAGGAACGUCACCCCCGUAACGCAAAAUGAAACACUGGAACAGCAAUUGCAGACAAACAACAUCCUCUUCUGCACGUAACAUUAAUGAACUAUUUAUACAUAAAUUAAAAAACUUUGUGCACUUGCUUUGAUACCCUGUGGUUGGUUUGUGAAACCAAGCAGGCAAAUUUAUGGCAAACUGCAGACUGUUCUGCUCAGGAAGAGUUGAAACUAAUCAUCACACUGUGCCUUUAUUCAAAGUCUUGUUUGUGCUGACUAGCGCUGUUGACGGCACUUUGUGAAUCCAGAGGGAAAACACAGUUUGUAGAAAUUUACUUUAAAACACUUAACUAAAUGUACUGUAAAUCGACAUGUUAAAAUGACCCUGUACAAAUGUACUUUUGGGGAAUUAAAUCAUUUUGGUUUGGUAUUUGUUUUUA